AUGGCUGGCGAACCUUCUGCUGAAAAGGCUGCUGCGGCGCCUACAGAGCAGCUUGAGAACCUGCAGCUCGACGAGGUGACGGGCGAGAAGGUCUCCAAGUCAGAGCUCAAGAGACGCCAGAAGCAGCGGCAGAGGGAAGAGGGGAAGGCCAAGAAGGCCGCCGCCGCCCCUCCCAAGGCGGCCUCCGCCUCCAAGAAGAAGGAUGACGAGGAGGAGAUGGACCCUCGCAUGUACUACGAGAACCGAUCCAAGGCCGUCAAGGCCCUCCUCGACUCCAACCAGCCUAACCCUUACCCGCACAAGUUCCACGUCACGUACGACGACAAGCAGUUCGUCAAGGACUACGAGCACCUCAAGUCGGGCGAUGUCGACCGCACCAAGGAGCUCCGGAUUGCUGGCAGGAUCUACAGCCGGAGAUCGCUCGGCAAGCUGAUCUUCUACGACAUCAAGACCUCCGCCGACACCAUCUCUAUCGGCACCAGCAUCCAGAUCGUGUGCCAGGCCGAGAACGUGCCAGAGGCCGUGAGCACCCCCUUCGAGAAGCAGCAUGAGCACCUGCGGAGAGGCGACGUGAUCGGUAUCGUCGGCUACCCGGGCCGGACCGCGCCCAAGAAGCUCAUCGAGCAGGGCAAGCAGGGCGAGCUGUCCAUCUUCGCCUCCGAGGUCAUCCUGCUGGCGCCCUCGCUGCACAUGCUGCCCACCCAGCACUACGGCUUCAAGGACCACGAGCAGCGCUUCCGCCAGCGGUAUCUGGAUCUCCUGUUCAACGACGCCUCCCGCCAGACCAUGUGGACCCGCUCCAAGAUCAUCCGCUACAUCAGAGACUUCUUCAACGACCGCCGCUUCCUCGAGGUCGAGACCCCGAUGAUGACGGCCAUCCCGGGUGGUGCCACCGCCCUGCCCUUCAUAACACACCACAACGACCUGGACAUGGACAUGUACAUGCGUAUCGCGCCCGAGCUCUUCCUCAAGAUGCUGAUCGUCGGCCAGUUCGGCAAGGUCUUCGAGCUGGGCAAGAACUUCCGGAAUGAGGGCAUCGACUUGACGCACAACCCCGAGUUCACCUCGGUCGAGUUCUACUGGGCGUACGCCGACGUCUACGAUGUCAUGAACAUCACCGAGGAGCUCGUCGCGGGCCUGGUCAAGUCCCUCACCGGCGGCUACAAGACCAAGUUCACCAACCAGCACGGCGAGACCUACGAUGUCAACUGGGAGGCGCCCUGGCGACGUGUCGAGAUGCUCCCCGAGCUGGAGCGCGUAUGCGGCGAGAAGUUCCCUGCCUACGACGAGAUGCACACCGAGGCCAGCGGCGAGUUCCUCAAGAAGAUCCUCAAGAAGAUGAACGUCGACUGCGCGCCGCCACUGACCAACGCCCGCAUGCUCGACAAGCUGGUCGGCGAGUUCAUCGAAGAGACGUGCGUCAACCCGACCUUCAUCAUGGAGCACCCCCAGAUGAUGUCCCCGCUGGCCAAGUACCACCGCGAAAAGAAGGGCCUGUGCGAGCGCUUCGAGGCCUUUGUCUGCAAGAAGGAGAUCGCCAACGCCUACACCGAGUUGAACAACCCCUUCGACCAGCGCCUGCGCUUCGAGGAGCAGGCCCGCCAGAAGGCCCAGGGCGACGACGAGGCCCAGCCCGUCGACGAGAACUUCCUCAGCGCCCUCGAGUACGGCCUGCCUCCCACAGGCGGCUGGGGCCUGGGUAUCGAUCGCCUCGUCAUGUUCCUGACCGACAACUACGCCAUCAGGGAGGUCCAGGCCUUCCCCUUCAUGCGCGAUGACAAGGCCGGGGCGCCUACCAAGGAGAAGCUGGCUGCCGAGGUCGUCGGUGUGGAGCCUCUCCCUGUCGAGGGUAUUGGUGAGUAA